UUUAUAUUAUUAUUAUUUUUUUUAAUUCAUGCACCUUCAAACAAGGCAAAUUCCUAGUAACCUAAGUGCUACUUACCUGGCAACACAUCUGUCUGAUUGUGCUUGAAGGGGUAAAACCCUCCGGAGUGAGUGUGAACUAUAGGAGGAGUUUAUGAAGUCCCCGCUGUCUCCUCUCCGCCGUCCGGCUGCAGACGGAGGACAGGCUCCCUGUACGUUGGAUGAAUGAAGACGCUUUUCUCCGAACCCCGGACCCAGGUGGGAUAAACUUGCAUCAUAUUUGUCACUUUUUUGGACAAUGAAAUCAGUUGCGGCUGGUGCAGAGGAGCUCGGACAAGCUGCGACUUCGUGCAACUUUUCUUCGAGUUUGGAGGAGCUGAGAUGAAGAGGAGAGCCUGACGCUUUCUCCAGCGAACAAACCAGAGCUGGUCAUCAUGUCCCUGUGGAUGAUCCUUCCUGUCAGCCUGCCCGUCUUCACCAUCACCGGGAUAUGGCUCGUAUAUGCGAUGGCCCUGUACAACCAGCAUGUCUGCCCUGUGCAUAACUGGCUUUAUAAUGACUCGUGUGAGGAGCUGCUUCCACUACAGAGGGGUCCAGUUCUGUGCUGCACCCUGGACAACAUCCCACUCAUCAGUAAAUGUGGAACUCUGCCACCCGAAAGCUGCUUUUUCAGUCUCAUCUGCAGCACUGGAUCCUUUAUGGUGAUGCUGAUCGGCCUGCUGCGUUACGCUCACGUCAUAGAGAAGCACCAGAACUGUGUCCUGAACACCGCGGGCCUCUCCACCGCGUGGAUCUGCGCUGCCGGUCUCAUCAUGGUCGGAAACUUCCAGGUGGAUUUUGCCAAAGUCCUUCACUAUGUCGGGGCAGGAGUGGCGUUCCCCUCCAGCAUGCUGUUUGUGUGUCUGCAGUCGGCUCUGACAUACCGACUGGCCAAGACCCAGGGGGAGUACCGGAUGGGUCACCUGCGUGUGGGGAUGGCCCUGCUGGCUCUGAUCGCCCUGGUGCUCAGUGGAGUUUUCUUUUGCCAGGAGAGCUUCGCCCUGCAGCACGCCUCCGCCAUCUUUGAGUGGAUCUACUGCAUGCUCAUCAUGCUCUUCUACGGGACGUUUGCCUUCGAGUUCGGUGGCAUGUCGGGGGACACGCUGAUGGUGCUGUCCCGAGGAGGAGGAGGAGGAGGA